AUGAUCAAAGCACCCAGAUUCGUCCCGGGCCUGACGGCCGGUCCGUCACGCCUGCUGCUCCGCUACAUCUUCGCCGGCCUCGUGAUAGGCUUCGUGGUGGCCAACUACGUGCUCUGGCGGGACACGCACUCGUGGUCGGCGCAGACGACCCACGCGCCCAUGACGUUCGGCGUGAAGCACCCGAUCAAGAAGCUGAUGAGGGAGGCGCGGGACGUGCAAGCCGAUAAGCUCUCGCGGCGCAGCUUCACACUGCGCUCGGCGGCGGAGCGGUACCGCGAGGCGCGCGGGCGGCACCCCCCCCCCGGAUUUGACAGGUGGAUGGAGGCCGCGCUCGAGGCAGACUCGGUCGUGGUGGAGGACUACUACGACCGGAUAUACAAGGACCUGGCGCCCUGGUGGGCCAAGGACGCCGAGUCGACGCGGCGGAGCUCGCACGCGUGGCCGUGGCUGGUCCGCGUGCGCAACGGCACGGCCGCGGCCGAGGGCGACGUCGAGGGCCGCGUGCCUUGGCUGCAGCUCUGGACCGGGCUCGUCGCCGACUUCGCCCACCACCUGCCCGACGUGGACAUGCCCAUCAACUACAUGGACGAGCCGAGGCUGCUAGUCCCCCACGACGAGAUCGCCCGGCUGCUGGCCGCGGAGCAGGCGGAGCGCACCAUGCCUCCCCCCGGGCUCGUCACGGCCGAGUACCCGGGACUGUCGGCCGUCGACGCGGCCGACCCGGCCUUCGACGACCCGGACUGGAGCGGGCCGUCCAGCUCGUACUGGGACCUCGCCGUGCGGGCCUGCCCCCCCUCCUCGCCGGCCUACGGUGUCGGCGCCGUCACCGACUACUCGGGCAGGGCCGAGUUCCCGCAGGCGUACGACCCGGCCUACGCCUUCCAGGGCUUCGUGCGCAACUGGACGGCCGCCACCGACCCGUGCGAGCAGCCUCACCUCCGCCAGCUGCAUGGCAGCUUCGUCGAGCCCAUCAGCCUCUCGUCGACCGACGAGCUGAUCCCGUUGUUCGGCGGGUCCAAGCUUCCCAUGAACAACGAGAUCCUCAUCCCGGGCGCCAUGUACCUGACAGACGACGCCUUCUACUCGGGCGGCGACGCCCACGGCCCCUCGUGGGACAGGAAGCGCGACGGCGUCAUCUGGCGGGGCGACGCCUCGGGUGGCCGCGCCCGCGCCGAGACCUGGCACCACUUCCACCGCCACCGCAUGGUCGACAUGCUCAACGCCACGUCCGUGUGGCGGGCCGAGCGGGACGGUGACGGCGUCGGCCGCACCGACACCUUUGAGCUCCCCGACACGUCCGUCUAUACCAGCCCGCUCGCCUCGCGCGGCCACCUGUCGUCGUGGAUCCGCCGCUUCGCCGACGUGGGCUUCGUCAACCUCUGUCCGCCAGGCGAGUGCGACUUCCUCGCCGACCACUACUCCAUCCUUCCUCCGAGGCCCAUGGAGGACCAGUACCGCUACAAGUUCCUGCCCGACAUCGACGGCAACUCCUUCAGCGCCCGCUUCCGCGGCUUCAUGCGCUCCACCUCGGUGCCCCUCAAGGCCACCAUCUACGCAGAGUGGCACGACGACCGUCUCGUCCCCUGGCUGCACUUCGUCCCCCUCGACAACACCCUGCGCGACCUCUACCCCGUCCUCGAGUUCUUCGCCGGCCAGGACGGCGACGCGGAGGGCGACAGGGCCGCCCAAUUCAUCGCAGAGUCUGGGAAGCACUGGGCCGAGAAGUCCCUCAGGAGGCAGGAUAUGCGCCUGUAUGUCUGGCGCCUGCUGCUCGAGUGGGCUCGUGUCUCGGAUGAUAAUCGCCAUGCACUAGGAUUUGUUGACGAUUUGCUAUAUGGUUAA